AAGACCCUGACUUGGAGAACCGAGAUUACAUCAGAAGCCGGUGGCCCUUCACGAGAGUAGGUUCAGAUGAUAAUUGCACCAGUCGGCUCUAGCUGCUUCCAGCGCGAGUGAUGUCCGCAUUCCUCUCCCUCACAGUUCUUCUGUCUCUUCAGUUGUAUUCAUUUAUUUCGGCUCAGACAGUAAUCACCAAGACACGAUCGUUUGAAGUUGACUAUGACAACAAUCGCUUUUUAAAAGAUGGCUUACCAUUCAGUUAUGUUUCUGGAGAGAUGCAUUAUUUCAGAAUUCCUAAGGUUUACUGGAGGGAUCGGUUAGAAAAAUUGAAAGCUAUAGGAUGUGACACAGUUUGCACGUAUGUAGAAUGGAGCCACCAUGAACCAUCACCAGGAAACUAUCUUUUUACUGGGGAACAGGAUAUUUCUGAAUAUCUCAAUAUAGCUCAAGAACUUGGUUUAAAUGUAAUUUUGAGACCAGGUCCAUACAUAUGUGCAGAAAGAGACUUUGGUGGCUAUCCAGCUUGGCUUUUGACAAAGAACCCAAAAAUGAAACUAAGAACAUCCGAUCCAACUCAUACAUUUUUUGUUGCCAAGUGGUUGAAAGUAUUAAUGGAAAAAAUUCAGCCUCACCUGUACGGGAAUGGAGGAAACAUUAUAAUGGUUCAGGUUGAAAACGAAUAUGGAAGUUAUCCAGUAAAUGAUGCUAAUUAUUUAAUAUGGCUAAGAGACUUGUUGAGAAGCUACGUUGGUGUUGCAGCAGUGUUGUUUACAACUGAUGGUCCUUCAGCUAGUAUGGUUUCAAGAGGAAGAAUUCCUGGUGUUUUCUCUACUAUCGACUUUGGACCAACAAGCAAUUCAAUGGAUAAUAUGUUUCGUGAACUAAGAAAAAUACAGCCAAAUGGUCCUCUGGUCAACUCAGAAUUUUAUGUUGGAUGGAUCUCAUAUUGGGGGCGACCAUUAUCUCAGACUGAUACUGUUCCAAUUGUAAACACAAUCAAAUCUCUUAUGAAAAAUAAUGUUUCUUUCAGCAUGUACAUGCUGCACGGAGGAACAAACUUUGGUUUCACGGCAGGAUCUGGAAGUGAUUCUCAUUACAUUGCUGAUAUCACUUCAUAUGAUUAUGACUCACCCAUUUCUGAAGCUGGUGACUUGACUCCUAAAUAUGAAGCUAUUCGGGACAUAAUCUUAAAGAUGCGUAAUAUUUCUACUCCAUUAACCAUAGAAAAAGUAAAAAAGAAGGGUAAUUACGGAAAAGUUGAACUGAAGCCUAUUUGUUCACUGUUCAGUUGUCCAAUAGGGAUUGAAUACCCCAGUUCUGAAUAUCCUGUGACGUUUGAGGCUCUUGGCCAAAGAUAUGGAUUUGUCUCAUACUCAACACCCCUGGAAAUAGAUCCACAAGAUCCUUCGGUAUUGCAAGUGAAUGUCAGGGAUAGGGCAAUUAUUUAUCUUGAUGACGUUGAAGCUGGAACAUUGCAAUACACUGUUAUUAAUGAAUUGCCCUUACCACCGAGAUUCAAAAAAGGACAACAUUUAAGACUUUUGAUAGAAAAUAUGGGAAGGAGGAAUUAUGAUAUGCUUUCUGAUUGUACAAAAGGGCUUGUAGAUAAUGCAACUGUUGAUGGCAGUAUCUUGAAAAAUUGGCAGAUAAAAGGUUAUCCAUUCAAUGCAGAAGACAUAGCUGUGAUUGAUGGCUUAGAACCAACUGAGAAUGUUUCUUUUCCCGCUAUAUUUAGAGGGCAGUUCACUUUAAAAAAAAAUGAAGAACCUUUGGAUACAUUUGUUUCUAUGAAAAAUUGGGGAAAGGGCAUUGUUUUUGUAAAUGAAUAUAAUCUUGGCCGGUACUGGCAGAUUGGACCACAGGUGACACUCUAUGUUCCUGCCUGCUAUUUGCGAAAAUAUCCUGCAAACAAUACUGUGACUGUUGUGGAACUUCACUAUUCUAACCCUGAUGCAUCAGUUACUCUUAUAGACAAACCUAUUUUUUCAAAACCUAAAAAGCUGUUAUGAAAAAUAUUUUAAAGUAUAAUGAUAAUAAUAUUUUUAAGUUUCAAAUAUGUUUCAUAGGUUGUGAAUUUCAGAUAUGAAGAAAUUAUGAUAUUAGAACAAAAAAGAUAGAUUCAUCACUUGUACUUUGACUAUUGUGAUUUUGCUCAGGGCUAUUAUUGAAAAUAAAUGUACUGUUUUUUAAAUUUUUGUUAAAUAUAAAACAAAGUAGUUAUUAAAUUGAAAAGUUAUUCAUUUUGGAUAAAAAACUUUUUACAAAUCAUAAAAUAUUUUUAAUCAUUAUUACUAUAUUUUAUUAAAUAUUUUCUAAAUCAAUAAUGAUCAAUCAACUGUGUGGAAGACUACCUGCAUACCUCAAUGAAAACUGAGAACUGAAUUUAAACUUUUAUUUUAAUAAAAAAAACUUUUAUUUUAAUAAAAAAACUUUUAUUUUAUUUUACAUAUUACAUAUCAUUGGUUUGCAGCAAAAUUCAUUAAGUAUAUUUUAGAUGGGCCUAAACAUGUAAAUACAUUUUUG